AUGCUUGCUUCGGCGUUGGCAGUAGAUUUGCAGCCCACGGCCAGCGGCCAGCUGUCAGGCUACUACUGCAGCAGCUGCUGCAAAGAUUGUGCCAGCAAUGCCACUGUAGGGGCGGCCUUCGGCGCUCCAGCAGUACAGGUAGUGCGGGGCGGCGCGCCAGAAACGCUGUCUCACAAGCAUCGGCGUCUGAGAAGAAGAAGAAGGAGACGCGAGCCAUCUGCUUCCGAGGAUGACCAAUUUCGAAGAGCACACGCCCGACACGAGGUGCUGCAUCCUGCUGGGCCGGCCGCCUGGCAAGCAGAUUGGUUUGCUCAUUCGACGGUUCCAGUGUUCCAGACGCCCCAGCACUUCCCAUUUUUUGCCUCCUCUCAGCACCCGCGCCCUCUCUUUGAGAUGUCAGCGCCACCACAACUCACCCAGCACGCAGAUCUACCCGACAGGAACAUUGAAAAUGACAUACUUAGUGAACGAUUGAAACAACCGCCGGACCGGGAAAGCGGAAGGGAGAGGACGGUUGCAGGGACAGGCCUGCGUGGGACGGAGCCUCCGGAGUCUGCAGGUGCCAGUGCUUCCAAGCCCGAUGCCCCCGCAGCACAGGAAGGCGAUGAGGAUUCAGACGAAGUGCCGUCAAUCGUGCCAGCUCCCCCAAUUCCGGAAGCGCCAGCAGCAAAAACAAAGGCAGCCAAGGCACAAAGCAGAGAGAAACGGCCCAAAGCUGCCGCCAAAAAAUCCGCAGCGAUGCCACCAAGCCUAAGAAGAGCCCAAGGAAGUGUUGAAAGAGCAUGCGAUAAUGACUGGGACGCUGGCGACGGCGACCUGCAAAUGGGUUUGCAAGCAGCCCUAGGCGGGAGGUGGCAUGGGGAAGUGCUUCUGACCGUCGUUCGCAGAAAAGCAUGCCUUGCAUUAGAGGGGGCCGUCCUCACCCAAUAA